AUGUUGAUAGGACGUUGUGAAGUGGAUGUUGCUUUAUCACUGAUUGUCUGUGUCGUUCUCUGCCAUCAUGUCCACGCAGAAGAUAGCAUUCAAGAUGUCAACGCUGAGAACAAUCUAUACCAUGUAUACAGAUCAUGGAGUAUCGUGGUUGGUGUGUUUGUAGUGAUGACCUUUAUUGCAAUAAUCUUACUCUUGGUGUUUUACUUCCGGUCCAACGUGACAAAGACAGGGGAAGCAAACGUAAUGAAGAACAAACGACUUACAAAGAGGAGUCAGAGAAUGGUUCCUCCCGACUUUCGUACACGGGCUCAGAAUCGAGAAGACCGCUACGGGGAUCGUUACAAUCAACUCCGGAACCUCCGACCGCCAGCUCACGUCGAUUACCACUUCGAUAAUCGGUCGACCUCGAUCCUCGCUCCAGACAGGGUAACGGAUUACGCUUACGGCUCUGGCUCACCUGUUCAUAACAACGGUUUACCUCCGUCGACGAGGCUUGUCGAGAUCGAUGAAAUGGACGAGCCCCACCUCGAACCCGUAAUGUCAGGAGGGCCACCUGCUUUCCACUGGAAGGUCGGUCUGACGGAGUCCACGGUGUCAUACAACCCGCUGGCUGAAAUGGCGCCCCCUCAAAGAAUGCAUCUUGGGUAUUUCUGAGCAUACACGGAUCAUUGUGCUCCCCCUCGUCAUUUUUCACGAUGAAUCCGUCGCACGAAAUUUUUUGACCACGCCACUGGCUGACUUUUUAUUUUCAAUUCUCGC